UCACCAUCUACAAUUUGGGAUUUAUUGCCUGGGAGCUGAGGAACGAAUUAGGACACCGUGCUUGUGUAUGUGAGACAGAGAGAGAGAGGGAUUAUUUGGAAACAGUUUAACUCGAGGCAGUUCAGAGUGCAGCCGCAGCAGUAACGUUUCCUGCCGCGGACUGAGAGGUUCCGUUUGCUUACAUGCAAAUGGUGCAAAUUGGGCUGGAUUAGCUACUCAGUUGCGCACGAUACUUGACUUUGCGAGGAGGGUUGAAUCCCCCCGAGUCAAGACGAAACAUCACCACUGCGAAUUUGCCAGAGCUUUUUACACAAGAGCUCAUACAGGUGACAAUUGUUGCCAACUUCACUGCACCGCCAACAACGAGUGCGUCUCGUCCAGAGGGAGUGCGCAGCGUGAAGCCACCCGCGCCUCUUCGCUGCGUCGCCGAGAAUUUUCACAUAUGACGCAUUUGCACCUUUAGCUGUUUUUGCACGAGGUUUUCCGACAAGUUCCCGUCCUGGUUAGUAUGGUCGUCAUGUCCGCCCUGGUUAACUUGCGCGUGUCUCUGUAAAGCCACACAGAGCCUCGCUGUCCUCGGUGCAGAAGUUACUGGGGAAUAACAAAAAGAACAGUGCGUGUCGCUGAGGACGAAAAGCAGAAGUGACAGCGGCGUUCAGGGGGUGUUGAGCCGCGGAAUUUAUUACCAGCAUCAUCAGCAUCUCUGUGCGAGGAAUAAAAACUGCGGGGGACUGCUGCUGCUCACUCUCCCCCAUACACACUUCCAGCUUUUUUUUUCUUUUUUUUUUCUUUUGAUUAUUAAUAUUUUAUUUUCUUUUAUUUUUAAUCAAAAGCCUGUGAGUAAAUUCCAGUUCCCGAAAUCACAGCCGCGUAAACUUGGUCAGAUUUGAGGACAUUCUCUCAUGUGAGCGCGUGCUGAGCAGACUGGAUGGAUCCGUGGCUCAUGGAGGGAAUUUAAAGGCAAGAAGGGGGAUUUCUAUCAGUCCCUCUCCUGUUAUAACCUCAAAAUGGAUGCCUACGACAGGCUCUGGGGACGCCAGUGGAUAAGCCACCCUUCCGCUGAUCAGUUUGACAUCUGAGCGGCACAAGUGUUCAAAGUUUGGGAUAAUCUAAACGGUUGAAGGUGUAGGAUGCAGUCUGGAGCGAAGACGCUGUCCGCAGGUGGAGGUGCGUCACUCUGCUGCCUACUUCUCCUCUGGCUCAUCUACUCCCAUCUGCUCAGAGAGGGCCAGUUGGUGGUGGGAACCUGUGAGAUAGUGAUGCUCAACAGAGACAGCAGUGUUCCCAGACGGACCAUCGCCAGGCAGACUGCUCGCUGCGCCUGCCGGAGAGGCCAGAUCGCUGGCACCACCAGGGCGAGGCCAGCCUGUGUGGAUGCGCGAAUCGUGCGAAGCCGUCAGUGGUGUGAGAUGGCUCCCUGCCUGGAAGGGGAGGUCUGCAGCCUGUUGUUUAACAGAUCCGGCUGGACCUGCACCAAGGGCAGCGGUCGCAUCAAGACCAUCACGCCUUUGCCCAAGGAGCCCUCGUAGGAUGCAGAGGAAAACAGCAAGUUCUUAACUUAACAAAAUGAACUGAGGCCAGUCACUACACCUCAACUUUGUGUCCAUUCACCAACAAGGCUCCCGAGCAUCACACCAAGCCUGACCAUCCAUGAGAAAAAAAAAUUAUUAGGAAAAAAAAAAGAAAAAACCAUCUGGAGUCAUGACAACGGAAGUCCCUUCUGAAACCCCUGAGAAGAAUCUGAUGAGCGACAUACUUCACCAUCAGCACUGAACUUUCAUCACAGCAAAAUUCAGUCAUAGUAAAGCAAAACCCCUGAAGGAGCGACUCUGAACGGAGCGGCCAGUGGAAGAUUCACUGAAGUACUUGGUCUUUUUUGUGCUUUUAUUUUUGUCAGCCACAGCCUGAUCUCUAGGCGAGGCUCCUUGAAGAUUUUUUUUUUUUUUUUAGUUUUUAUCAUUGUGACUUGAUUUAGACUCGUGAGAAGGUCUUUCAAAAGUCAGCCCUUACAUCUUCUUUACUAUCACUACUACGUAGCCGCCCAGGCUUAUAACCCAGCCAAGUUUCUUUAAUGACAGUUUGCUGCUAAAGAGUUUUGACUUUACUGAGGUUGAGCCAGACCAUAUAGUCCAUGGAAUACUAGCCUUUAACACCUUUCUCUUAUUUGACUGGAUCUAACUCUAAAAGGCUGAUAUCACCAAAACAUCUGCAUAUGUACAUGAGAUGGCCAUUGUGAAGAAGCAUGGAAGUGAAAGAAAUGACUCUUUCCUCUUUGAAUGAGGGUCUUGACAAUAAAAUGAGGACAUUUUGGAUGACUUAGCUUAUAUCUUAUGUUUUUUAUGUGGUGCAUAAUAUAGACUAGAAAAGCAGUUUUUUGUCAAUGAACCUCACACAUCUUGUACACGCCACCGGGAGCAAUUAGCAGAUGUGGACCCCUGGCUCAUUUUAAUGGUCUGUUUGCGUAAGUGUGUGUCAGGGUGCGUGUUUGCAUCUGUCCAUGUGUGAAUAUGUGUGUAUGCUUUUUCUGUAUGUAUGAGUGUGUGUGCAUAUUCCAGAGAUACACUGUGAAAUAAGUCAUACCCAAUGCAUUAUUCAUACUCUUGUAUAUUUUUGGGACAUGCCCAGACCAGAGCUCACCAUCUGGCAAAAAGAAGCAUUUGGGAGUUUACAGAUGUUUGAUCUUAUUUGCAUCCUUGGUUUACCUUUGCUUUUUUGUGUUCGUUUUCUUUAGUAUGUAGAGAUAUUUAUACUGGGGGAAAAUAUUAUUGAAACUGGGAAAAGAUCACAGUAUGUCACAUAAGUUAAAUUCUGUAAUUAAACUCAAUUCAUGUCUGAUUAAAUGUAUUUCUGAAUCCUUGUCUAAACUGACUAUAUUUUGAUAUGAAGUGUUUCAACCAGCUAUUGGCAGCAUGUGCUGUUUGCUGGUUUAGAUGAUAAUAAUGAAAUAAUGUAAAUAGAUAACCAGAUAGUAUGUCCAGCUUACAUAUUAUAAUAAAACAUGAUCCCAGCACAAAACACAUCAAACAACACCCUGCAAGAUGACUUAAUAUUUCUCUGCUGCAUUAUCAAAAUGACAUUAUUUUCAUAGUGGUAGAUUUUCCAGAGCAACAGACAUUUUUCUUUAUUUCAUAAAUUGUUCUUGUUUAUGUACCUAUUCUCUUCUUUCAUUUCUUUGUAUUAAAAAACCCUGCACAUCACCAUCUUAAUGUUUGUAGUUGAGCAUAUAAAAAGUGUGUGGGCCUCUAGAGUGUGUGGAAGCUCUAGAGAGUGUAUUUUGUGGUUGUGUGCGUGUGUGUUUGCUUUACAACAUUGGUGAGGCCCAAAUAUUGGGAAGUAAAAUUGCUUUUUCUGUUUUUAACAGCUUUGUGGGGGAUCAAAAUGUUGGACCUCACAUGCUUAUAGGGUUGUUUGAGGGUCAAAACUUGGUUUUAGGGUUAGGCAUUCAUAAAGCGAUUGUCUUUGUUAGGUUGAGACUGAGGAGGCUAAGAUAUGUAUGUCCACAGUCAAUCCCAAAACAAAGAUGUUUGUGCUCAUGUGUGUCUGUUUUUCAGGUCAGCUAUGUUCCAUGUAGGAAGAAAAUACCGAUUACUGGCGUUAUUUAUCUCUUCUUUCAGUUUGCACUCGCUGUGAAUAAAUUGUCCCUUUGAUUUGAUGCACUGUUGAUGCUGCUGCUGCUGCAAUCACACUCAUCAAGGCAGUG